UGUAUAGACUUCUCUGACAGUCUGCUGCAGAACUUGGAGGCCUUUCCCUGUGAACCUGGGGGCCUGUGCACAUAGGUGAAGAGAUGUGAAAUGUAUGGUGACUCAUCAAACCCUUUACUAAGGCAUGGAAUGGUUGCAAUGUGCAUUGAUAGAAAUACAUGCCCUGAUGAAAUUGUGGAAAUUUGGAGUAUUGAGGAUCAGAAGCAAUGGUGGUCAGGGGUUGUCGGGAGGACGAUGCUGAGGACUGCUUUUUUGGUUAAUGUUGCAUAAAAAGCACAAAGUGUCUCUUGGUGCUGUGCAGACUAUUAGGACCUUUCUUUCACCAACGUUACAGGAAACAUGUCCAAAAGGAACCGCAACAAGGGCGAAAAGCCUGAAAUGGAGAUAGAAGCGGUGCAGGCGGCCAAUGAAGAGCUUCGGGCUAAGUUGACCAACAUUCAGAUAGAAUUUCAACAGGAGAAGAGUAAGGUGGGAAAGCUGCGGGAGAAAAUCCAGGAAGUCAAGCAAGAGAGAGAACAGGAGCAGCACAAACACACUGCCUAUAUCUCUGAGCUGAAGGCAAAACUGCAUGAAGAGAAAAUGAAGGAGCUGCAGGCCCUCAGGGAGGCACUCAUCCGGCAGCACGAGCAGGAAGUUGCCCGAAUGGUCAAGAUCAAGGAUGGGGAGGUGCAGCGCUUGCAGACCACGGUGAACGUUUUGAGAGAUGGUGCAGCUGACAAAGUGAAGACUGCCUUAUUGAAUGAGGUCCGAGAAGAAGCCCGGAAAUCAUUUGAUGGGGAACGCUUAAAGCUGCAGCAGGAAAUAUUGGAGCUAAAAUCUGGGAAGAAGCAGGUUGAGGAGGCUUUGAACAAUUUUAUGCAAGCAGAUAAGAUGAAGGCUGCUGACCUCCGCAUAGCUUAUCAGUCUCACCAAGAUGAGAUCAAUCGAAUAAAAAGGGAAUGUGAGCGAGAUAUCCGCAGACUGAUGGAUGAGAUAAAAGGCAAAGACAGAGUGAUCCUGGCCUUGGAAAAAGAUCUGGGUGUGCAGGCAGGCCACACCCAGAAGUUACUUCUUCAGAAAGAGGCAUUAGAUGAACAACUGGUACAAGUCAGAGAAGCUGAGCGUUACCACAGUAGCCCAAAGAAAGAGCUUCCAGGGGGAAUUGGAGACCUCUCCGAGUUGAUGGGCUUCUCGGAGCAGCAUAUGGAUGAACGAGAUGUACGUAGGUUUCAGCUAAAAAUUGCUGAGCUCAAUGCAGUAAUCCGGAAGCUAGAAGACAGAAAUACCCUGUUAGCAGAUGAAAGAAAUGAACUGUUGAAACGUUCUCGUGAAACAGAAGUUCAGUUGAAACCUCUUGUUGAAAAAAAUAAGAGAAUGAUGAAGAAAAAUGAUGACUUGUUGCAGAGUAUACAAAGGAUGGAAGAGAAAAUUAAAAAUCUCACAAGGGAAAAUGUAGAAAUGAAAGAAAAAUUGUCUGCCCAGGCUUCUUUGAAACGUCACACUUCCUUGAAUGAUCUCAGCCUUACCCGGGACGAACAAGAAAUUGAAUUCUUGAGGCUUCAGGUCAUGGAACAGCAGCUAGUAAUCGAUGAUCUUUCCAUGGAAAGAGAACGUUUAUUGCGCUCAAAGAGACACAAACGACUGCCAAAACUGCCAAAGAAGCAUGUUGUGGAGACAUUUUUUGGAUUUGAUGAAGAAUCUGUUGACUCAGAAACAUUAUCUGAAACCUCCUAUAAUACAGACAGGACAGAUAGGACACCAGCAACACCAGAGGAAGACCUGGAUGAUACCACAACCAGAGAAGAGGCAGACUUAAGGUUUUGUCAGCUGACUAGAGAAUAUCAGGCUUUGCAGAGAGCCUAUGCUUUGCUUCAGGAACAAGUGGGCGGGACCCUGGAUGCAGAGAGAGAAGCCAGGACCCGUGAGCAGCUACAAGCUGAUCUAAUUAGGUGUCAGGCCAAAAUUGAAGAUUUGGAGAAGUCGCUAAUUGAGAAAGGACAGGACUCAAAAUGGGUUGAAGAGAAGCAGCUGCUAAUUAGGACAAACCAAGAUCUACUAGAAAAGAUUUACAGGAUGGAAAUGGAGACGAGUCAACUGAAGAAUGAGAUGCAGGAUGCAAAAGACCAGAAUGAGCUGUUAGAAUUCAGAGUACUAGAACUGGAAGUAAGAGAUUCUAUCUGUUGUAAACUCUCAAACGGAGCAGAAAUUCUGUUUGAACCCAAACUGAAAUUCAUGUAAAGUUCUCUGCUGUCUAAAGCAUGUAUAAAGGGGAAAUGUUAUACUUUUUUUUCUUUCCUCUGUAUGUUCAGAAUAAUUUCACUGCCUUAAUAUGUUUUGGAGAGAAUGCUCAUAGAAGUAUCCGAGGAUGUA